AAGGGACUAUCUCAAAAUAGACGGGCCAAAAGGCUUUGGUGGGAUCUGUGGCACAAUAAAAUACAACAAAUUUACCAUCUUUUAACCAUCUGGUCUUCGAAUGACCAUUAUUAUUUUGAAGUUGCUUCCAAACUAACCUAUUUUUUAGUCAAAAUAAGCUUUUCUUUUUUUUUUAUUAGCACACUUACAAGUUUGCUUGUAACCCUAACUCUAAGUUUGCAUCCCUGCUUGAAAUGCUGGAGUUAUUUUUAUUAAAGAUGACUUAUUAACGUGUCUAAUAAUUACUAAUGUGUCUAAUAUCUAUCUAGAGUGCAACUCUAGCAGCUCACAACUCUACAGUAGGUGAAGACGCCAUAAAUCCGGUGUGUAUGGAAAUGUACUAACGCGGAACCAAUGGAUCCCAUACCGGAGACCGAGAGUCAAAAGGUCGACAUUUAUAGGGACACAUGGGUUCGGUAUUUGGGAUAUGCCAACGAGGUGGGCGAGGCAUUUCGUGCCCUUGUGCCUGUCAGCAUGGUAUGGGCGAGUUACGCCAUCGCUACGGCAUAUGUGUCAGCUGACGCAGUGGAUAAAGGCAAGAAGGCAGCUGUGGCUCACGAUGAUCACCCGGGGAAGACUACACGUGUAGCUGUGGCCGUCGUGGACACGUUCGUGUGGCAGGCGUUGGCGUCUGUAGCCAUUCCCGGCUUCACCAUCAACCGUGUGUGUGCUGCAUCUCUCUACCUGCUGGGCAAAACCACGCGCUGGCCUUUACCCGUGCGCAAGUGGACCACCACUGCCAUCGGCCUUUCUACUAUCCCUUUCAUUAUUAAACCCAUCGACAGGUCUGUAGACUUCCUCCUGGACUCCAGCUUGAGGAAGGUGUACGGUGGAGGAGAAAAGCAUGAAUGAAGACCAGGGAGCCGACGUGAAGCCGAUGUACACACGUCCACGUGAAACCUCACCAGAUCACAGCAGCAGCAGGGGCCGAUUUUUCAUUUCCAUAUUUCAUAAUGUUUCACCAUGACGCACAACCUCAUCGAGUUUCUAGGGGCGUACCGAUACAGCAUACCCAUAGUUUGAUACGAGGCCCUCGAUCCGAUUAACAGAUUCAUUAUACUGCAUAAAAAAAGUAGACCAUUUUUCAUAAAAUACAGCAUAUAUACAAUCUGUCUGAAUUGAACAUACAAACUUAUUAUUCUUAUUCUUAUUAUUAUUAUUCAGGUGAUGCUUAUUUUUACUGUAUUGAAACUGUAUCGAGACACCACCAUAAGAUAUCAUAUCGAAUUUGAAUUUUGUGUAUAGUUACACUCCGAUGAGUUUCAUAUACUGUAAGAAGCACAACACUAAUGGUGAUGUGUGAUAAUGCUGAAAAAAACUGUUCUGGUGUAAGAAAAAAAAAAAGUUACCAGUAUAGCUGGCUUCAACAUUUGAUAGGUGUACAUCACAACAUGAACAAAUAGAGUCUCUUGCACAGGACCUCAGUUCCCUAGUGUUACUUGGUGUCUUUUAUUUCUUUCCUUUUUUUAAAAAAGUAUUUUAAAUAGUAUCAUAUUGGAAGCUUUUCCUCAGACAGUUAUAUUUGCCUUGCUAAUCUUUAGUCUAAUAUACUCAUAGAUAAAAACAAUGAAAACAUUAUUGUACAAUGUAUAUUAAUUUUCUAUACCUCACAUAAUUGGUGCAUUAUAUGCAUAAUUGGUAAGAUUUGACUUAGUUGUACCUCGCGCAUUAUAUCGAAAUGUCCAGAUGGUUAUCGGAACAGAUUAGUAAGAAAGUUUGUGAGAGCACACUAUGCAAAAGACACCAAGCCAUAAGUUGCUGAUUCUAGCAAAAACUGUAUAAAAUAAAUAAAUAAAUAAAUAAAUAAAUACAAGAUGUGAAACCAUAAUUCGUCCCAGCAAAGAGUUGGCUGUGAUGCCAACAACAGAAAUAGUAAAUAUUUUUGAUUCUGUAGGUGAACUUUAUUACUUUCUAUCUUUCUGAAUAUUCACAUAUCUAAUUUGGAUACAUAUCUUAUACAUGCAUUUAUGACUACUCAAGAAGCAUAAGGGAAACAGUGUUUUAUUUGUUUACAUGGUUUUUUUUUAAAGGAAAUGUUUGUUUUCAUGUUAUAGGGCAUCAAAUAUAUCAGUAUGAAAUGUGACGUUGAAAAUUAGAAGGGUUUAUUUUUUUAUUAAUAAGGUGUUCAUUUUUAGCUGCUCUAUGAUAACAUUUGAUUUUUUUUUUUUAAAGAUGCUUUCGUUGAAAAAAAAAGAGGAUGUUUUAAUAUGUAAUAAAACAAACAAAAAAAAAUGCUGUAACAAAGUCCAUAAUAAAGUGAACUGUAAAGAAACUAGGCUGUUAAUUGAUUCCUGCUGGAACCUGAUGUUUAAUGGUUAUUAGUUGGAAGUGUGUCCCAAACAAUUGUCUAUUUUACUAUUUAAAAACAAAACAAACAGAGUUUUAUGUUAAAACGUUGUACAGUUUUUUCCACAGAAAAAACACCAUUCCAUUUCUAAUAAGCAGAAUUUAGAUCCUUGUCACCGAUGUUUAUGUAUAUACAAUCUUUACUGAAAUUUGCUGCCAUUGCAUCUGAUCUAAUCUGAUCCUACUACAGUACAUCAAACUGAUCAUCACUCCUGUUCUGAUGGUUUGUAAAUUUCCCUUUGUGUACCAUCUUUAUGAUUUACAGCGAUAACGGCGGUCAUUUUCCCAUGAAUUUCUAUACACUUCAUUCACAUGGCAAUUCAGUGCGCUUUUAAUAAUCACUCCUAUUUCAGUAACUUGUCAAUU